CCUGUUCGUUUCGUGAACUGGACGCGGCAUCCAGACGCAGACGCGGACCGAUGUUCGUUUGGUGCGAAAUAGGCGGUUAAGUUGGACGCAGCAUCCAAAUAUAUUUUCACAACUCAUCCGGAUUUUUCGGGAAUUCUGGAUGAGAUUUUUAAACGCUUCCAGAAACAGUAAACUCAUCCAAAAGUAAUAAAAAUCGAUAAUACCCUUAAUUUAUCUUAAAAAUUACAAAUUUUGCCUUUGAUUUCUAAACCUAAAAAAUAAAAUUGUUUUGUUGCCGUCGAAAUCAAAUCUGAUUCUCUGCAACCUCUCUUCAACCAUGAAUCCCCUCUAUCAAAGCACUCUGCGAGGAAACAGCACCCUCCAAGCUAAUCACUCUGUUCACAACCUCAUCAACUCUCUCAGCCAUCUCCCUAGCAUUGAGCGAAGAGUUAUUCACACCAGACUCUUCGUCAUCAACAAUCUCUUCCCCUAGAAACCGACUCACCAUCGACCUAAGCCUCUCUCUAGACUCCUCAAUCUUCGCACGCUCCUCUCCAGCUUCUCCGCAAGACUUCUCCUGCCUCUCCCGCAGCUCCGCCAGCUUCUCCUUACACGCAAGACUUCUCCUGCCUCUUGUGUGUUGGUUUGUAGAGCUCUGUUCUCUUUUCUGUGACUGUGUCUUUGUUAGUUUGCGCUUAAGAGUCUUUUAGUAUGGUCUUCUUGUUUCAUUGUGUUCUGAGGGAAGAAAAUGAUUACUUUCCCACCUUCAUUUAUCCGUAGCUCUUAAUACAAGGAAGCUCUUGUUUUAUUAGAGCUGAAGUUUGAUAUCUUAUGUGCAUUGCUUUUUCCUUUUAGAAAAGAGUUUGCAUAGAAUGUACUUCACUUGUUUUAUAUGCUCAAGCUUCACUUGUUUUAUAUGAUCAUAUUAGACAUUUUAUUUACUUGUUAUCUUAACUCGUUUUUGUUUUUAUUUUUGUCUCAGUGACUAUCUGUUCAAGCUUCAAUGGCAUCUGUCCCUGGAAAGGAUCUGGAGUCCUAGAUGCAGUGUUGCUGUCAGUGUAGGCUACUAAUCUUUUGAGGAUGCACAGAGCUGAGUAUGACCCGGAACAUGAUCUCUUGGAAAAGGACUUCAUGAUGAAAGGCAGGUGGUAUCAAAGAAAAGAUUUAGAGAUUAAAAACAGUAGGGGAGAUGUUCUCCAGUGUAGUCAUUACAUGCCUGUUGAACGCCCUGAAGGAAAACCUUUGCCCUGCGUAAUAUAUUGCCAUGGUAACAGUGGAUGUAGAGCGGAUGGUAGUGAAGCCGCAAUUAUGUUGCUGCCUUCAAACAUCACAGUUUUCACUCUUGACUUUUCGGGAUCUGGUCUCUCUGGCGGGGAACAUGUCACCUUAGGCUGGAACGAAAAGGAUGAUCUGAAGGCUGUUGUUGAGUUUUUGCGUCAGGAUGGAAAUAUAUCCCUGAUAGGGUUAUGGGGGCGUUCAAUGGGUGCUGUCACGAGCUUGAUGUAUGGAGCUGAGGAUCCUUCCAUUGCAGGAAUGAUUUUAGAUAGCCCCUUCUCCGAUUUGGUUGAUCUGAUGAUGGAACUUGUUGAUACAUAUAAGUUCCGUUUACCAAAGUUUACCGUGAAAUUUGCAAUACAGUUUAUGCGGAGAGCUAUUCAGAAAAAAGCAAAGUUCGAUAUAACGGAUCUGAAUACCAUUAAGGUAGCAAAGUCUAGUUUUGUUCCAGUUUUAUUUGGACAUGCCUUAGAUGAUGACUUUAUUCGCCCUCAUCAUUCAGAUCUUAUAUAUGAAGCCUACGUAGGUGACAAAAAUAUCAUCAAGUUUGAGGGAGAUCACAACUCUCCUCGGCCUCAGUUCUAUUUUGAUUCGAUAAAUAUCUUUUUCCAUAACGUCCUUCGUCCUCCAGAGGUUACGGGGCCGACAUUUUAUGACCCGUUAGAUGAGUACUUAGCAAAGGGCAGUUGGGGCACUAUGCAUGACACAACUAUUCCACAAUCAUCAGUGCAGAAGAGUUUAGCCGGGAGUAGCAUCUCUGAGGCAAUCAAUGAAGUCCGCGUGAAAAGACCCAUGAGUCGUACAGAUGUUCCUUCGAAUGUCACAUCCAACGGUUCUCCAUCAGAAACUAAGGAAAAAGAGAAUCAUGAUGGCCGUGAAGACAGUUCAUCAUCUCCUGAUAUGAUAAGCUUUGAUUUGUCAAAUGGUGAUCAUGAUCAGUACCCUCCUCAGCUUGCGAUGGCUUUAGAUGAUGACCAAUAUCUGGAGUAUCACUUGGAGGACAUCCCAUCUAAUGCAGAGGAAGAAGAAAGGAUGCUUAUGAAAGCAGUGAUGGAGUCAUUAAAGGACUUGGAAGUGCAAAGUCUUGAGAAAAAAGAAUCUCCCGAGAAGAGAGUUCUUGGCAGCAAUUCUUUUCAAACUGCACAAGAACCCCUUCUUUCUAGGAAAGAAUCAACUUCAACUCAAGCAAACCAGUCAGAGACUACUGAUACUGCUUCCAGUCCAGCAACAGUUGGCGGGGAUGUAGCACCAUCAUCUUCCGAGUCCAAAGCUCCAAAUGGGACCUCGGAUUCUCUAACAUCACCCGUAGAUGCUUCUGUGCCUGGCUGCACGAGCCAGGAGGAAAGAGAGAACGGUGACAUGUCGGCAGAUACAAAGGCCACAGUGACAGUUGAACGUACUAGUAGCGCAUCAGGCAAAGUCUUUGACGGGUUAAUACGUAAGUGGGAUCUCAACUUCUUCAAAAACAACAAAUGAUUCCAGUUAUUGAUAAAUUUGAUUUUGGGAAUUUGGUGAAGUCCGUGCAUAUAUGUCCAAAACUAGUUUGUUUUUGUUGUUUUCAGUGAUUUGUCAUGAUAGGUUUAACAUUGUUUGGCUUUGGUUAUGAUUUUAUUCAAAUUGUUUGGGUUCUUGGCUCUGUAUUUGGUGUUCUUUAUCCUCUUACUCUUGUUACAAACAUUUGAUGAUUCAAUUAUUCCUUUGCAAAGUACUUGUUUCUAA